AUGAAACUCAAACUACAGGCUCGAAAUACCGAGACAAUCAGGACUACACUUUCGCUUGUCAGUCUGCUUCGCAAAUUUGUGGUACUACGAUUCACCCCAGAAAAAUUGAUAGUGAUUCUGGUUCAUCCUACUGCCAUGGUCCCCGAGCCCCAAGCAUGGUGCAAACUCAACGUAAAGUCUGUGUUUGACAGUAUUGAAAUACAAUCGCUACAUGAAAACGUGAUUCUGCUCGAAGUCAACAUUGAUCUAUUUCUACAAACCCUCCGAAAUUACGAUAAAGCAAGCAGCGACAUUCUUAAUAUUCGACUACAAAAGAAGGACUCAAAUGGUGAAGAAGGGAGUUCUGGUUCCAGCGGAAGAAAUGCAUCAUUGGCACUUUUCUACACGAACACUUCUGUUGGAAUGCGCCCGGUGAACCACACCUUCAAAAUUCCCGUGAAAAUCUUAAAAUCUGCUGGCCAGGAAUAUGUGGAGCCGCAGAUACUGGAUGUAGACUUGAUGUUGAAGCUUCCACAGCAUUUUAGCGGUGCGUUUCGACGACUUGAUAAAUUCGACAGUAACCAAUUGGUGAAAAUACAAGCCCAAGGCAAAGAUGGGGGUUCAAUUCGGUUCAUAGUGGACCAGGAAAACAAGAUCAAGGUUAUAAUACGUUGGAAUAGUAAGUUAGAGAUCUACAACCCGGCUGAUAUUGGAGAGGGAGAAUCACUUCGACUGACAAUAGACCAUAGUCAAUUGGGCCAGAAUGAAGAGCACGAUAUCCUCGUACAUAUCAAGGACUUAACAAUGGCUUCCAAAAAUCGUUUCCACCUGUCAAAAUGUUAUCUUCUUGAUGUCACUGAACCGGGCAUGCGUGGUACAUGGACUACUCAAAGACUCCGAUGA